AUGAAGUUUUUGUGCCUUGCAGGCGCAUUUGGAAAUAGUGAUAAGUUUCGAGUUCAGCUCGCUCCAAUCGUGAACGAACUGGAAAGCGAUGGAACUGCUAGCUUCCAUUUCAUCCAUGGGCAACAUGAGGCCGUUCCCCCACCGGGGUAUGAGGACUUCUUUGGCGGACCUCCCUUUUUCCGAUUCUUAGAAGAAAGCAAAGAUCCUGAGGGUGUAGACGGCCUCGAAAGAAUACGCGACUUUCCCGUUGGUGCAUCGCCGGAAGAUACUUUGCGGCUCUUCAAUCCUCUGGGCUCGUCCGAAGGACUAGCCGUGACAGCCACAGAGGCUUUGAAUUAUCUCAGAGACAUCAUAGACAAGGAGGGUCCUUUCGAUGGAGUCAUUGGCUAUUCGGAGGGCGCGCUUAUCGCAGGAACCAUGAUAUUGAAGGAGAAAGAGAUGAGGGAACGCGGCGGGUACAGCAACUCUAUCAAGUUGGCUAUGUUCUUUGGCGGCUGGCCUCCACUAAAGCCAGAUCUUCAAGGUUUUAUGCUAUCGGACGAGACAGACCUAACACUUCCAGUGGCAUCGUGCCAUGUCAUCGGCUCAUUAGAUCCCUACCUCGACGGCUCCAUGGCCCUCUUUAAUGUGUGCGAUUCAGAUAGGGCAUUUUUAUUCGAUCAUGCCAAAGGCCACACGAUCCCCCGAGACAAGGAUACAGUGAAGGAGCUAUGUGAUAUCGUGCGCGAUAUGAUUGCGGAUAUUCAUGAUGAUCAGCCGUAG